AUGCAUGAACCUGAUGAGGUUGCAAAUUGCUAUGCUGAGGCAAUUGGCGGUGAUGUUAAACAAACUGAGGCAGAAUUAUUGUCUCGAGUACUUGGAAAAAUUAAUCAGACAUCAACUACACUUAGUGAUUUGCUGGUUGGUAUGAAAGUAGACAGGUCUAAGGAAACAGAAGAUCAAGGUAGAAAAGAAACAAGAGGUCAGCAAGUCAGGCGCAUGGCCAGUAAGAGUGCAGCACAAUCAAGGCCUCGGCAGUAUGAACAAAGACCACAAACUGUAAGGGAAAAUAGGCCUGAGCAAAAGAGUUUGUCACAGCAAAUGAGUAUCAACGUUUUUGGAGGAAAACCACUUGGUAUCUUUAAGCAAGGACCCACAAACUAUGGCACCAAGUUAGAAGUUUGGGACCACUUGAACCAGCGAGAGUUGACCCUUGCAACAUCACAACCACCCUCUAACUACUUUGAGAAGAUGUUGCUUUGGACUGAACAGGGCAAAGUUUGGAAGUUUCCUAUUAAUAAUGAACAAGGUAUGGAAGAAGAGGAAAAUGUACAUUUCUCUGAACAUAUAUUUUUAGACAGCCAUCUAGAGGGCUGGUGUCCCACACAUGGGCCAAUUAGGCACUUCAUGGAGUUAGUUUGUGUGGGCCUCUCCAAGAAUGCCUUCUACACGGUACAGGAGAAAAAGGACCAUAUUUUAUGGUACAAAGAGUAUUUUGAAUCAAAGAAAGAUUUGCUAAAUGAGAUUGGUGUUUGGGAUAUUAAACCAACUGAAGCUACAGUGUAA